UUUCCACAGGGUAGUCGUGUUUGGGGAAGAGGAAAAAAAACGGCGCACACUGACGUCAAAUCGAUCUAUGAAUGACUUUACCGCAUGUGUUGGCAUGGCACGGGCGAUCGGAGCUGCUGGUUCUGACCCGGUGAGCGCCAACAUCCUUAGUUAACCUGAGGGAUCGCCGCAGAGGUUUUAAUUGAGAUAUGAUUAUAUUUUUUUAAAGUUUAAUGGAUGCUCUGGUUCUCCAAACUCGCUCUGAAUUCACGAUUUAGUUCUGGGGGCAGAGAGAAAGAGAGAGAGAGAGAGCGUGCGUCGCUGCACCCCACUGCUGACAGAGAGACCACUUGUACCGCCGUCACAACUGUGCCAAGAGACAGGGAGUCUUUGAAAGCCACAGGAGCGGACCAGACCGGCAUAUCAAUCAGCGUCCCGGAGAACGAGCCACUGGGUUAUAGCACCGGCGAUAAAAGCCAUUGUCUGUGAGGUGUCUGUCUGUCUGCGUGUGCGUGUACAGAGGGGAAAUGGCACUUUUUCUGUUUGAAGAAAGGAGGACGGCAACAGUCACAGACAAACAAAUGUAAAACCCAGUUCUGCUCGUCUUGCCACGGGUGCGCACCGGCGAAGAGGAGGCGCAGGACCUGCAGGAUAAUCGAUUCGCACUUUCUGAUUUUGCGCCGUAUGUGUCAAGAGCAGAGAGGAAACGGAGAACCGCAGGAUUAAGAGGCUUUUCCAAAAACGAAACACUCGCAUUCUUUCACCAUGGGCACCAGGAUAUGGUUUUGGCUUGUUUGUUCUGCGGCAUUUUUCGUCGGGCUGCAGUGCGCCUCCCCAAGAACCACGGCGGGGAUGGAUCUCUCCCCCGCCGGCUUCGGCAACGUCAGCGGCGGCAGCAGCGGCGGCGGCAGCAGCGGGGAAACCGGGGUUAAAAGAGACUUAAACCAAACCAUUAACUCCAGGCUGAAGAGGAAAACCCUGGCUGUGGAUUUUGCGGUCCCUUCCCUGUUGCGCUAUUACCUGGCAGAGUUCAUAAAGAGACCCCUGAACGGCGACUGCCAGACUUUUAGCGGAUGUUACACGGUGCGCGCAAACUUAAAAAUGCUCUGCAUACCUUUGCAGAAAACCAUAUCUACUUUUGUGGACGUGAAGUCUGCUGCGGAUUCAGCACUGAGGAACGCGUCUGCUGAUGGACAGCUCCCCUUCUUCUACAAGCGGCCGCUGUCCAAAGUUCUGAAAUUGGGUUUGACUAAAGCCAGCAGGAAGUCAAACCAGGUUGUGGUGGAAAUAGGAGAGGAUAUAGUCAGGACGGGAUGCGGGGGGCUGUCUGUUUAUGAGGAGGCCCCUGUUUUCAAUCUGGAAAUGGACCUCACAACUAUUCUGGAGUGGUGGCUCGGCGCAGAGGGGGGCCGGCUGAGGGUCCGGCUCAUGCCUGAGAAAAAGGCGCAGGUGCCCGGGAUCGAGGAUCGGUACACGGCUGCAAUACGCGCCGCCGAUCCCCGCCUCUACCUCCAGAUAUCCUCCCGGGGUGAACCUUCAGCUGGGAGGACUGCUGCUGGCAUUCCUAGAGGGUACUGGAACUUCUCCUGGGUGGCUGAGGAUGACUUGACCUUUCCCAACGACUCAGUCCCAAUGUUAGAUCUACAACAAUGCCCUGGCAGCAGCAGAACAUGUGACCAACACCAGGACAGCACCCCGGAGUUUACAUGGAGCAUAGUGGCUGCUGGUGAUCUGCAGCAGGAAAGGCACGAAAAGACUGAAAAGAAGGCAGGAAGUCCCCAGGGGUGGGAGGAAGGUCAGUUCCUCUGGGUGAACAGCUCAGCCUUUGGGGGACUCUGGGUGAUCAGUCCAUGGCUGUGGGGAGGUCAAGGGCCGUGCAGCCUUGACAUGGCCGUGUUUCUUCACCCUAAGCAAAGUGGGCAGUAUACCAUAUGGCUCAUAGAGAGAGACAAACCUCCACUCGCCCUCUUCUCAACUGACACACUUCCACGCAUCACAGGCUGGGCGGUGGUUCACCUCACCCUAGGGACCCACGGAGGAUCACCUUUUCGGAUCUCAGGCAGUUAUGAUCAGAGAAUCCCACAGGAUGACACAGCCACCAUCGAGCCCCACUUCACCACCAACUGCACCAUGGCUACUUCACCUGGUCCCAACAUCACCCUGGAGGGCCAAUACCACUGUUACCAGGGACCUGGGAUUCCAAUGGACAAACUGUGCGACUUUGAGAUAGACUGUCCACUCGGAGAUGAUGAAGGCGACCUGUGCCGCCAUUUUCUCAGUGGCAGCUACUGCACAUUUGAAGAAGGCGAGUGUGCUUGGCAGUCAAUAAUGGGUCGUGGUUUCUCCUGGAGAAGACUGCAGUCUCCAACGAAGGCAACCAGACAGAGCUGCCCAUCAUCAGGAGCCACAUUCACUGUGGAGGGAGGCCAGUCCAAGGGCCAGCGUGGUGCAGCAGUACUAAGAAGCCCCCAGUUUCCUCCUCCUCUUAGAAACUCCCCAUGCAAGGUGCGGUUCUGGGUAUGUUCUGGAGGUUUGCAGAAGGGGGCGCUGUCUCUGUGGAUCGUGGAGAACAGCACCGGCCCCGAAGAGCAGCGCAGACUGUGGCAUUCAGCCAGCGAACCCAGAUCAGAGAGAGGCUGGAAGCUCAUCACACUUCCCCUUUAUGGGCUGGCAGACUGGUUCUGGCUGCAGUUCAGCACGGAAGAUGGACCUGGACUCGGUUCAGUUAUCUCUCUUGACAACAUCUCUUUCAGUAUGGACUGCUUCUUGGCAUCCAACGGGGAGUAUCCACCAGUGGCCACCAGCACCACCAGACUGCCACUUAGACCCACCAACCAAAAUAUCAAGACCACGACCCCAUCCAAUGGAAGCCCUUUGAUGAACUUACCGCCCACUGUUUCCUCCAAAAAAUGGAUUUUUCAUACCUGUGGGGCUGUGGGCCCUGAAGGCCCAACUCCCACCCAGUGCAGCAACUCCUACAGGAACAGCAACGUCAAUGUGACAGUCGGCACCCGAGGGCCCUUCAAAGGCAUUCAGAUGUGGCAAGUCCCAGAAACUGGAACAUACAGAAUCACAGCCUAUGGUGCAGCUGGUGGUCGCAGCGUAUUGGCUAUGAGCAGAUCAUACGGCGUCUACAUCACAGGAGACUUCUUACUGAAGAGGGGCGAGUUAUUGUACAUCCUGGUGGGACAACAAGGAGAGGACGCCUGCCCCAAUUCCAACGGCAUGCUGAAUAAGAUAUGCCAGGAACAGAGCGGCCCUAUGGUGAACAAAACUCAAGUGAAGGGAGGCGGAGGAGGAGGAGGUGGUGCAACGUAUGUGUUCAAGGUGGACAAACAAGUGUACAUUCCCCUCAUCAUCGCUGCUGGAGGAGGCGGACGAGGCUACAGCAGCCAAUCAGAGACCCAGCUGGAGCAGAUGGACUAUGACCUCAGCCAACCAGGUCGCAAUGGGAGGUCAAACGCUGCAGGUGGAGGUGGGGGCUGGAAUGACAGUGUUCCUGUCAGUCAGGGCGGAAGACCGCUAGUGCUGGGGGGCCAGGGAGGGCAGGCCUGUCAAAAGUUCUGGCAGACACGAGGCGGCUUUGGGGGCGGCGGGGGCGGCUGUAUGUCUGGGGGCGGCGGCGGAGGCUACAGAGGUGGAAACACCUCUUUGGAUAACAACCCCAAAAAUGACGGAGACGACGGCACAUCCUUCCUCGGACCAGAGGGGGAACCAUUCCUCUAUCCUCUCAAAGCUAUGGAGGGUGAUGGUGAGGUGAUCAUCAGUCCGGUGCAGAACUGCAGCCACUGUGAGAGCGGCGACUGCCAUGAGACCAAGGAAGGAAUCGUCUGCUUCUGUGAAUAUGACCUCAUUCUGGCACCAAACGGAGUAUCCUGUAUAAACGCUACAGAGGUGUUCGUGGUACCUCCUCUGCCGUCCCUGUCCCACCUGGCUCUGGGUCUGUCUGUGGGAACCUCGGCCCUGAUCGCCGCCCUCCUGCUGGUUGUGUCCGGGGUCAUGAUCAUGUACAGGCGGAAACACACAGAGCUGCAGUCUAUUCAGCUGGAGUUGCAGAGUCCUGACUGUAAGCUCAGUAAGCUGCGGGCGUCCACCAUCAUGACCGACUACAACCCCAACUACUGCUUCGCCGGAAAGACGGCCUCCAUCAACGACCUGAAGGAAGUGCCCCGACGUAACAUCUCCCUCACCAGGGGUUUGGGUCACGGCGCAUUUGGUGAAGUGUACGAAGGGGUGGCAGUGGGGAUUCCAGGUGAACCAAGUCCACUCCAGGUGGCGGUCAAGACUCUUCCUGAGGUGUGCUCUGAGCAAGAUGAAUUAGACUUCCUCAUGGAGGCUUUAAUCAUUAGUAAGUUCAGCCACCAGAACAUUGUCCGUUGUAUAGGAGUGAGCCUGCAGGCCAUGCCCAGGUUCAUCCUGCUGGAGCUGAUGACUGGAGGAGACCUGAAGACGUUCCUGAGGGAGACCAGACCCCGGCUGGAGCACCCGUCUAGUCUGACCAUGGUGGAUCUUCUCAAUGUGGCCAGAGACAUCGCCAAGGGCUGCCAAUAUCUGGAAGAAAACCAGUUCAUACACAGGGACAUCGCAGCUCGGAAUUGUUUACUGACCUGCAAAGGACCGGGUCGUGUGGCCAAGAUCGGAGACUUUGGAAUGGCUCGGGAUAUUUACAGGGCCAGUUAUUAUAGGAAGGGUGGGCGUGCCAUGCUGCCAGUGAAGUGGAUGCCACCUGAAGCCUUCAUGGAGGGCAUCUUCACAUCCAAAACUGACACAUGGUCAUUUGGGGUAUUGCUGUGGGAGAUCUUCUCAUUGGGCUACAUGCCAUACCCAAGUCGCAGCAACCAAGAAGUGCUGGAGUUUGUAACCAAUGGGGGACGGAUGGACCCACCCAAAAACUGCCCAGGACCAGUGUACCGUAUAAUGACGCAGAGCUGGCAACAUCAGCCUGAAGACAGACCUAACUUCUCAACUAUCCUGGAGAGAAUUGAUUACUGCUUACAGGAUCCAGAUGUGGUGACCAUGCCACUGCCUAUAGAGUAUGGACCUGUCCCGGAGGAAGAGGAGCGUGUGCCCACACGCCCUGAUGACCAGUCAGCUCCAACUCUGCAGGUGAAUGCCCAGGUGCCUGACAGGGAGGGUGCACAGCCACCCCCGUCCUAUCCUGCAGAGGAGAACCGGAGGGGAGGGGAGCACACUGUCAUCACUAGCACAGCAUCAGAGGCCAAAGCACAGACUUCAGCUCCGCUGCAGCCAUGCCACCAGCACCAGCAGCCUCAUACUCAGACCACCAUCACCAUGACAACCACCAACACAGCCACCUCCGCAGCCGCAUCUACACUCACUGCCAAGGGACCCCAUGUCUCCACCCAGUCCAACCCAGAAGGGGGCCACAUUAACCUGGCCUUCACCCAGGGCCACCCACCAGAGAAAGAGGGUCACAGUGGGAAGAGCACCAGUCUGUGGAACCCCACAUAUGGCUCCUGGUUCCUGCAGCAGCAGCAGAGAAAGCAGCAGCAGCAGAGGCAAGGAGGGGUGGGGGGAGCAGGGGGGAGUGCUGGCAGGGUGCCCGGUGAGGGACAGGAGCAUGUGGGCCGGACUGUGGCAGAGGUGGCUGGAGCUCUGGGUCUGCAGCACCCGCACAAGCAGUUCCAACAUCAACUCCAGCAACAGCACCAACUGCAGCUGCUCCACCAUCAGCAGCAGCAGCAGAGUUUGUGUAGACCCCUUUUACCCCCACCACCCCCUCCUGCUGCCCAGUCCCCCCUGCUUUUAGAUUCAGCCGCCCUCCCCCCUGUCCCCCUGUACAGACUGAGACGCUUCCCGUGUGGGAACAUCGGCUAUGGCUACCAGGAGCAGGGUCUGCCACUGGACGCCACACACAGCAACCCCUCUGCUCCUCCCCCACAACAGGGCACCUCCCUGUCCUCCGCCGCCACCGCCCACCAGAGGGGGGCCUCCAUCCCCACCUCAGUGUCCCUGAGUAGGUCAGGUAUGUCCGAGGACAGCCGUCCUCUGCUGGUCACCAUGGGGACAGUGCAGGACACCAGGCUGCCCAGGAUGGAGGGCCACAACGCCACCGUGCUUUAGCCCAAUGCCUGUACCACUGGUCCUUUUUUCAGACCCUGUGUGUUCAGGACACACAGCACAAAACACUGUGUCAGGACAAAGUCCGUUUUACACCAACCCCAUGCCGUCCCACUACUUCAGUUUAAUGUUCCAGUUUGGAAAGGACCCAUUUGAACCAGAGCUGGAUCAGUCCAUCUGCUUCUCCCAUGUAAACACUGGAGGCAUGUCAAAACGGAUGCUAAAGCACAUCAAAAGAACUUAAGCUUUGGGAGGUAACAGUACAGUCUAGUUUUAAAAAAGUAAAAAAAUGUAUUUUUUCAUAGCUGGAAGGAUGUUGACUGUGGGACACUGCUGGGAGAGAAACAAAAGGAGUGAGUAUAGGGCUCAGGAAGAUGGGGAAGGGGAACCUUCUUCCUGAUCAAGAAUGAGUGUGUGUUCACAUGAGAAUGGACUGUAAGGUGGAUCUAAAUCUUUAUAUUUUGCCAGACUUCAGACCUUGCGUCACAAACUUUGACGAUUACAAUUGUGAAGCUGCAAGCCACAUGAGUCAGCUGACCUGCUGAACCCUCACACUGCUCCUUAGCCACACUCUUUUGGAAAAAUAACAGCGUGGUAAACAACUUGUAUCAGACUAUUUUUCAAGAAUAUCACUGAAUUGGACACUGGAUUACCAGAGACUUUAUACUAAAAAAAAUACUGGGAAAAAUGUGUUUGUUGAUGUUUGAUGCUUGCCUGCUUGUUUAUUUAUUCAUUUGUUUAUUUAUUAUUUGGAAGUGGCUCUAUAAAUUAUUGAUGAAUACGGUUUUUAAAAUCCAAGCAAAUUCAUUUUACAUCUGCUGAAUUACACUUACGUUUUUACGAAUUUAUUUUUUAGUAUUACUUCUAGAAAGGAGAGUUUGAAAAAUCUCAUAUAAUGCCAACUUCAAAUAUCCUGAGGGUUUGUUGAAAAACUGGAAAAGGCCAACAACUGUGCAUUUUAAGGCCGUUUUCUGGCAAACAAGUAAAUGGAUAAAAAUAGAGCAUGGACGCAGGUGGGAGAGAUUAUUUGCCAAAAAAAUUCGAGGUGCAAGACAAGUCGCCCUCAGCAGCAUUUAAGGGUUUUGUUGCUGCUGGAGAUUUCCAAUAACCCACUGGCCCCCGUCCUAUUGAAAUCACUGCUCCACAAACUCUCCUUUUGUUCACUUGUGUUGAAAGAGUGCUUUGAGACAGUCAAGUUGAAGCUUUUCUUUACGUGUGGCUUUUUCAGACCUCUUUUAUUAAUUCAUUUCUUGUUCACAAAAUGUUUCUUCCCCUUUUUUUUCUGGAUAUAGAAACAUAGUGGAUAUUGCUGAAUCAAUCUUAACCUUCAAAUUGCUAUCUCCAAGCACUCUACGUUCCUAAAUUUGCAUAUUUUAUCUUUUCUAUUAUAGAGUGAGUGUUGUGGAAUACAAAUGAGUCUGAGUGCAAAGUUUGAAUACAAACUGCUUUUGCUCCACAUGUGAAUGAACCUCGGGACCAGAGUGAGUCCCAUUCUGCUUCAGUAACCCAUGCACACAUUGUCACACAUGGUGUUAACAUUAGUCUGUGGUUAAAGUCUGCUUUUCUUCAGUUUAAGGACUGUUAAAUACACUAUAUUUAUCAAAGAACGCCAUAAUAGGUGUGGCAGUUUUGAUAUUUCGGUGGAUGACGAUAACGCGUGUCAGUUUUUUGAUGCUUUUGCUUGUUUGUAUUUGGCAAUCCUGUCAGUUCUCCCGCCACAAAGUGAUGAUGAGCUGUCAUGUUUGCUGGCAGAUUACAACUGCCUGUCAUGCUGCUCACUGACUGAUUAAGACAAAUGCAUCCUUGUAGGCCAAGUUGAUGAGCAAGUUAAAUAUUGGCUAAUGAAAAGCAUUGCUUUGUCUGUAUUUGUAUUCAAUGCAUUAAUUCUGUGUUCCCUUCAAAGCUCACUGGCAUCGUCAUGUAAAAAGAAACUAAACUGCACCUGUAAAUGUUGUAAUUAUAAAGUAUUGUACUAUGGCUCUGGAAAAGCUGUAAAUUGCCCUUCAGAAGACAUUCGCCAAAAUUAAUAAAUUACUAUGUAAUAACUG